AUAAGUUUGAGUCACCCCUCCCAAGUAAAAGGGGACCCCGCAAUAUCAGAGUCACCAGCAACAAGUCGCAAAGUUGAUCCAAGCACGCCAAUUGCACCUUUUUCGAACUUUCAUUUCGCAAGGUAUUGUCUGAGAAUAACAGCCAUGGCGUCACUUAGCAAAGAGGAGAGACUUGCCCUCAUCAAAGAGAACUUGGAAGAACAUCUCAACAUUGAGAUCAUCGAAGAGAUCUUGGCUCAAGGUCGAGACCCAAAGAUUUACUGGGGAACCGCCACGACCGGCCGGCCGCACAUUGGUUACUUUGUACCUGCUUUGAAGAUUGCCCAGUUCCUCGCAGCAGGAUGCGAAUUGACGAUCCUCCUUGCCGACAUUCAUGGCUUUCUCGACAACCUCAAGGCCCCGAUCGAGAUCGUCCAGUACCGAGCUCAGUACUACCAGCAUGUAAUCAAGGCCAUCCUCCAUGCUGUCGGCGUGCCGACUGAGAAGUUGCGCUUCGUCCUCGGCAGCGAGUUUCAGAAGGGGCCGGACUACAUCAUGGACAUCUACAAGUUGACAUCUCUGACGUCGGAGCACGAUGCCCGGAAGGCUGGUGCUGAGGUAGUCAAGCAGACGGACAAUGCACCGCUGAGCGGACUGCUUUACCCCUUGCUGCAGGCUCUGGAUGAGGAGUACCUCGGCUGCGAUGCGCAGUUCGGUGGUACUGACCAGCGCAAGAUUUUCACCCUGGCCAAGGACGUCUUGCCCAAGAUUGGCUACAAGCAAAGAGCACAUCUGAUGAAUCCCAUGAUUCCAGGAUUGCAAGGGGCCAAGAUGAGCUCUAGUGAACCGGACAGCAAAAUCGAUCUCCUCGACAGCUCUGAGGCUGUGGCGAAGAAGCUCCGAAAAGCCGAGGCAGUGCCAAAGGUGCCGGAUGGUAAUGGCAUAAUAGCCUUUAUCGAAUAUGUUUUACUCCCUGCCUCGAAGCUCAAGUCAGGGCAACAAGAAUUUAUCGUUGAGCGUGAACGCGACGGUUUAGAACCUCUUGUGUACAACGACAUUGCAAAGCUCAGAGAUGAUUACAAGAACGAUGUGCUCACCCCGCAGCUACUGAAGCCGGCAACUACCAAGGCGCUCCUUGAACUCUUGACACCUAUACAGGCUGAAUUCGAAGCCUCUAAGGAGUGGCAGGAAGUUACUGAGAAGGCCUACCCGCCAGAGGAGAAGAAAAAGAAGGAGAAGAAGGUCAAAAACAAGGGCACGCGACACCCUGGCGCUGCAGGGAAUGGUCCGGCAGACGCCUUACCGGAACGACCCAAAGAGACAACGGCAUGAAGGAUGGUAUGACAAAAAGUAAAAAAAGAGAAAUUAUCCACACUAAAGUGCAGUACGGAGUAGUAAAGCAAGCGGGUUCUGUGCAUCCACCCGGCUGAUUAUGUUGGCUGGUCGCAUUUGAGCUGAACUUUCCGGCCCUGCGCGAGUAUCCGAUACGUCCUAUUCGUCGUGCGCCUCUUAAACAAACCCCACUAUUAAUCAAGACGAAAGGGUAAGAGUCGUAAAGAGUCAAUGCGAUGGUGUGACGGGGGAGUUUCUUUUCGCAAUCUAAUCUACGAAUCAAUUCAUCUCACACGGCAGACUUGGCCAUCGACUACUACUACAUUCCCAAGACGCUUGCACCUUGUGAGGAUGCAUUGCAUAUUAACCACCUGCCAAAUUUGAUGUAACCUGAAAAGUGCUAUCAAGUUGAAUCGGGUGAAGCGUUUCGUUUGUGGGUCAAAGUCCACAGUGAGCUUGCCCUCGUUUGUGGGGCGGUACAGGCAAGACAGGUAACAAACUUGACUUGCCAAGCUUGCCUUGACUGGACUGAGCAAAUCACCUAGUUAUCCGCUUAUGUAAGUUAUUGAUUGCUAUCAUAUUCCAAGGUUAAACCCCUCGGAAAGUUCAAGCGGGCCAAUCAGUAGCCGAUAUUGUACCCCCCACGUGCAAGGUGCCAUACUGGCGGUACGCGGAGAGCAUGUCGGAGAGCUGAAAAGCUAUUGGUCCUCAACUUCGGGCGGCUUGCGAUGGGAUGGCCUGGAUGGAGAUAUCCAAGACUUGAUGAAUCUGAGGUCGGCUUGGC